AUGCUCACCGAAUCCGAGGCGCGAGCUAUCUACGCGGACGCGAUCCAUUUUGAUGGCUUGAACAUCUGCAACUGGUCGCGCGACAUCUUCAAGUCGUGGCACAAAGGGGGCAUCACGGGUGUUUCGUGCACCUGCGCCAUCUGGGAGAAUUUCAAAGGGAGCAUCCGGAAUGUCGUGCAGUUCAAGAAGUGGUUCGAGGAGCACAGCGACCUGAUUGUACAGGCGCACUCUGUGGCCGACAUCCGCGCCGCGAAGAAGGCCGGCAAGACAGCCGUGCUGCUGUCAUGGCAAAACACGGCCGGCAUUGAGGAUCAGCUCGACUACUUGCGCGUCUUUCGCGACCUGGGCGUCAGGAAGAUGCAACUCACGUACAACACCCAGAAUUACUCUGGUGCAGGCUAUACCGAGCUCAACGACUCUGGACUGACAGGCUUCGGACGGGAGGUCAUCGAUGAGAUGGCCAAGCUGGGAAUGGUCGUCGAUCUGAGCCACGUCGGGCCCAAGACCACCGAAGACGCCAUCCAGUACGCGCCUGAGGGCAAGCCGCCGUGUUUCUCGCAUGUGCUGCCGUCCGGGAUGAAGGAACACACGAGGAACAAGUCGGACCACCUCAUCAAGCUCAUCGGGUCCAAGGGGGGCUUCGUAGGGCUGUCGCAGUUCGGCCCGCACAUGGAGAAGGAGAAUGACAGCACCAUCGACGACUACGUUGAAGCUCUGGACUACGUUAUUGGACUGAUAGGGGAGGACCUCGUGGGCAUUGGUUCCGAUGCGAGCGAGGGUCACGGGCGGCCGAGCGACUUCAUGGCCUGGUGCAACAAGGACAAGGGCUAUGCGAGAAGGCUGACCCCGUGGGGAAGCCAGAAGGUAGUCAAGCCUCUGGGGCCUCUGGCAGAGCGCGCCGAGCUGGCCUGCGCCAUGGCAAGAAAAGGCUGGGGCGAGGAGAAGAUGCGGAAGGUCUUGGGUGAGAACUGGCUGAGAUAUCUCGAGCAGAUCUUUGGUUCGUGA